AUGUGUAGAGACGUAGCACCGCCCUGUGCUGCAGACUGGCUGCUGGCGGGCGGCGACGUGGUGCAGGCGCUGUCGGCGCUGCCGCUGUCGCGCGUGGGCGGCGGCACGCGGCCGCAGUGGGUGGGCGGCAUGGCGCUGCUGCAGGCCGUGGCGUGCGCGCUGCUCGCCCUGCCACACACCACGCACUGGGCGACGGCCGGCGGCGGCCAGCCGGCCAACGCCACGCGCUCGCUCGUCGAGACGCAACUCCUCAUGGCGGACGGGGUGAACGCGACGCUGUGCGGCCAGACCCCUGCAGUGGCGGUGGAGCACCCGUGCUACAUUACGGUGACGCUGCUGGCGAUCCUGCAGCUGGCCCGCGGACUGGGAGGGGCGUCCAGUUUGGUGCACGGGCUCGUCUACCUCGACGACAACGUCGUCUCGGAGGCGGCGCCUGCACUCAUAGGAGCGGUGCUGGCCGUGCAGCAGCUGGGUUUCCGCCUCGGCCACGCCCUGGCCUAUCUCACUACAGGCGGCGCCGAAGACCCCAUCAACGGCUGGUGGAUUGGCUGGACGGUGCUGUCGGUGCUGCUGUGUGUGUGCGGCCUGCUGCUCGUGAUGUUCCCGGCGCGGCUGCCCGCGGCCGCCGUGCGCGACCGGGUGGACCACAUCCUGAGCGAGGCCACCGCCGCCGCGAGGACGUCUCCGCCGGACGGCGCACGCGUGCAGAUCUCCAACAAGCGCUACGUCAUCAGGGAGCCACCGGACACUUCUUUCUGUCCGUCCCUGGGUCGUGUAUUUAGUAAUGCGGUGGCGCUCUGCAAGAUGUUAGCCAUUCUGUUUGCUGUCGCUGCGUUUCUCAACAUGGAGGGUUUCCGGGACAAGUAUCUGGAGUCCAUUUACCACAUUCCGUUGCCCAAAGACUUGUUGCAGGACCCCUGGCUAUCAAGGAUCACAACAAGCCUGCUGGAGCCCGUGGUGUGCGCACUCGUGGUGUCGUGCGCGGGCCUGGUGGUGUCGUGGCGGCAGCCGGGCGCGCGCUGCCUGUCGGGCUGGGUGUGCGCGGCUCUGACCGGCUGCGCAGUGCUGUCGCUGUCGCAGCUGUGGCUGGGCUGCCACCAGCUGUCGGUGAGCGGCGAGCGCGACGGCGCCCCCGCAGAGUUCCUGCAGCCCUGCAACUCCGCCUGCCGCUGCUCCAGGGACGCAGACUUCGCGCCCGUCUGCAGCGUCACCACCCGCCACACCCACUACUCUGCCUGCCUCGCCGGCUGCACCGAGAUCGGCGCGUACACUGGUUUCCUGAAGACCUGCUCGUGCAUAUCCGGCGGCGGCUUCGCGCAGCUGGGCUCCUGUGACUACGAACAGUGUUCGUCUCGCUGGGUGGUGCUGCAAGUGCUGUGGGUGCUCGCAGCCGUGCUGCGAAGCACCACCUACGUCGCCAGUGUCCUCAUAGUGCUCAGAUGCCUUGAACCGGAGGACAAGGCCAUCGGCCUGGGAAGUCUCAACACUGUGGUGGGCCUCCUAGCGCUGCUACCCAUCUCCUUUGGUUUCAGAGCGUUGGUUGAUUCUCAUUGUGAAUUCUGGGACGAGGCAGAAUACUCGUGUAAGCUGUAUCAUUCGAGAGGAUUGGAGCUCAGCGUGACGUUCUUCGUCUUUGCGCUGCUGCUGUGCUCCUCGGUGAUGGACGCAGUGGUGUGCGUGCUGGCGCGCCGCGUACGGAUCUACCCGGACAUGGAGGCGGAGGAGACCGAAUCUGGCGGGGGCGGCGGGGGCAGCGAGCGGCGCCGCGACGCCCCGGAGGUGCAGCUGCGGCGCCGCGCCGCCACCGGCGCCGAAGACGAGGACGACGACGACAGCGACGACGAGGUGCAGGAGCUGCGCGCCGUGCAGAGCCUGAUGGCGCGAGGCAACGGCCAGCCGGGGCUCGCCACCACCGCCUUCUAG